CUGUGGCUUGCACAAUCACAGAGCAAUAUUUUAUCCCAGAGGACUGGAUGGUUGUUUAUCUUCCUCUCAGUCUGCAGAGGUUUACCUGAUUCAAUUGAAAAAUGGCGUGUUUAGCAGUAUAGUCGGUGUACAGUUGGACAGCCCGUGCUAUGGAAAGUGCAACUGGAGAGACACAGCGGCCUCGUAGGCGCCAGUGGAGGAAGAGCGCUCAACGUUUUUCACGCAGGCUGCUCUGCUGCUCGUGUUUGUGCGGUGAGAAGGAUCCUCUGCAGGAGCAGGAAAAGGAGAUUAACGGAGGCCCUCUGCAUCCACACUUGGAUCAACUGGGAUCAGGUGAGAAGGAGGCUAUCCAGAUUACAGUGGAGGAUCUGGGGAUAGUUAACACCGGCUUCAGCCUGUUUGAUGAGGACCCCUUGAUCCCGAGGAACAGCGUGGCCCGCUCAGCCAGCUCUGUGUUGGCCUGCACAAGGGCUCUGAAAAAGAAACGGUUGAAGCCUCUGUCCUCACUGCCUAUACAGCCCCAGGCAGAAGCAGCACUGACUCCUAGCAAUGGAGAGGAUGAUGAACAAGAAGAGGAAGACCUGUUGCUGUAUGAGAGCGGCACUGAUAGCACGCCUGCUUCUGGAAGCCUCCUGACACCACCUGUCAUCAAUCUGAUCCCACCCACUCCCUCUGAUGUGGUGGAUGAUUAUCAGUUCUUUGAAAUAAACUCAGAGGAAAGUGUGGCACAAACAUCUGAGAGUGACGGAAGCUUUGCUGCUGAUGACCAGGAGAGCUAUGAGGACAAAACGGAGAGUGUGGAGGCAGAAGAGUCAAAGGAGGGAUGCAUCCUGGCUGAGGGGAAGGACAAUGGUGAUAGUGAAGCUGAGCCUGAAGAAGGCCAAAGUGAUGGAGUUGGGGAACAAAGUCAGGCUGUACCAGUUGAAAAGGGGGAUACAAAGAAAACAAAUUCUGGGUUCUUCUGUAGCAGCUACCAGGUGGCUCCACUGCCUGAGAACCCUCAGAAAAAUGACCCAAGCAGCAGAGAUCUGAACUGGUCCGACAUGCUGAAGGCUGAACUUUGCAUGCUUCCUCAUGCUGCCACGAUGGACGCACCUGCACACCACAGGCGGCCAAUAACCCGCUCGUGCAGUCUUGGGGACUCACUGACUAGGAGCGCCACUUUCCAUGGUUUAACCCAGACCACAGACCAACUCAAGGAAGAGGAGGGGCGGACUCGACAGCGACGCAUAACUGUUGCAUCAUAUAUGCCUGAUUCUAAGGAUCAGAAUGGAAACUUCCCCGAGAAGGACGGAAAAGGGCAAGAGGCCAAAUCUCUAAAGGAGCUGAACACAGAAGAAGUCUGCCAGUGGUUUACCAGUAUUGGACUGCAAAAAUGUCUCCCCUUCAUCAAAGAAGCGAAACUGUGUGGAGCAGACAUAGCCUCAGUGGACGUGAGCACUCUGGACAUCCUCCAGAUCAGCACACUGGCAGACAGGGAGCAGCUGCUGUCAGCCAUCUAUAAUGAGCUUCACCCCCCGAGCACCACCACUCAGAGAAUCGACUCUUUGCUCGAAUCCUUAGGGCCAAAUAAUGUGGAGACAUUCACAUCAGUUCAGGGGUCAAUGAGCAAAUCCAAGUCCUCUCCUCAUGUGAGCUGCCUGAGUAUGAAUCGACGUUCCCUCAGAAACAACAAUACGGCACAGAGAAAUUCACAUCUGAUAGAGAUUACUAUUAAUGCAUCGGAGCGAAUAGUUCAUCUUAGAACGCCAAAGGAAACGACGGUUGGAAAAAUCAUGGAGUCCUGUGUAAAAAUGCUGGGAGUGACAGAAGAUAAGAGCCUGUUCACAAUGAAAGAAAAGCAAGGUUCACCUGAAGAGCUCUCACUAGAUCAGCAGAUCGGGACUUUGCUGACAUCAUCAUCGUCGGAGAACAGACAGCUGGAGUUGUACUUGUGUAAAACGGACAAACCAGCAGGUUCAGCCGCCCAAAAUAGUGCAGAAGUAAAUAGUUCCAGCGAAAAUGGCAGCAGCAACAACAAAAACAUCCAGCCAGCUAAAGAAGAAAGAAUCAGGGAACUAAACCAACAGGUUGACUCGCUCCAGAAUGUCAUCCUUCAGAUCCAGGAGCUCCACCACGGCCUGGUUGCUUUUUGCUCCGAGUUAAAGAACAUGGAAGGAGAUGUGAAGGUGGACAAACUUGGGUCUGCUGAGCUGAAGCAGAAGCUGGAGCUGGUUCACAGCCAACUGAACGACAAAAAGCAGAACCUGCAGACCCUCAGAGACAACAUUAACAACUUCACUGCUCACAAGAAGAAACAGCUGGAGGUUCGUCUCUUGGAAAAGAUGAAGCUGAACUGCCAGGUGUUCAAGGAGGAAAUUUCCAUUGUACAUCUGAACCGACAGGCGGCUCACCUUCAAAACGUCUUACAAGAAAGCUAUGUUAAGGAGAAAGCUCAAAAAAAGACUUUGGCCAUUGGUAGCCUGAGCCAGCUGGUGUCACCACAGUCUCCAGCCAUGCUGCUGGUUGUACAGGAGAACCAGAGCCCUGAUGGCCAUUAUGGCUUCACAUGUCGCUACAGGGAAGAAGGCGGACUAGUGGUAGUCAAGGUGGACAAUUCUCACCUCUGCGUGGAUGACAGAUUGGUGGAGGUGAACGGUGUACCAGUGGUCAACUCCACACAGGAAGAGCUGGCUGACCUCCUGCUGCAGGGACCCAGUGCUCAAAUUGUUGUCCUUCGCCAGCCCCCAUCCAACCUCACCUCCCCUCUGUUCCUGCAGCACACGGUCAGCCCUGAUCCCGUGCAAACAGCCUGCCCAGAGGGAGAUGCAGUCACCAUGGAAACCCCUCCACAGCGUAAGGUGAUGGCCAUCUGAUGAUUACAAGGAAGAGAAAAAAAAAGACUGAGAGAAUUGCGAUGAGAAAAGUCUGCAGUCUUCUAGGUUUUUUACCUCCAUAUGUGGACAUGUUUAUUGUAGUGGUGAAAUGUUUCUCACUGACUGUUGACAGUUGUCUUUCAGUUAGAAAUGUCAUGACUGUGUCUUACACCAUAUGUACAUAACUUUAUUCUUGGUAGGCAGUAAUGUAUAACAGAUAUUGUUUCAAUGUUUGCACAGAGCAAUGCCUUUAAAAAACAAAUAACUCAAGAAAAGACUACAUUCACUUUUGUCUAUUUAGAAUUCUCCGUGUUUUAUAUUAUCUAUUUUUUUGUCAUGGGGAACCUGGAAAGUACAAACAAGAUCCACAAAACCUCACAGAGUUUCACUCAACUGGAUAUGUGAUAAGCAUUUCCGUUUUUGUUUUUUUUUUAGCAUCCAGCAGAGGAAUAACAAUGUAAGCCUGAUGAGCACUCUGAAUGCCUCAUCUCUUCUAAAGCAGAGAUAGAAGUGGAUAAAAUCUGAAAAUAUGUGACAUAAUGUAAAAACACGAGCUUUUGCAUCCUGUCUGCAAGCUUUCUCUGCAGAUCCGACACUAAGAUGGUCUGGAACAGUGUUCAGGGCAGAGCGUUUCUUUAAAAAUGAGUCACGUCUCCCCUUUGUAAGUUGCAAUGUAAUCCACUGUGCUGUAGGAAUAAACCCUU